AUGGCACACGUUGCCUCUCAUUGUCUUAAGAUGGCACUGCAUCUCUUUGAGAGUCGCUUUGCGAUGCGCAAGGAGAUGCCUCUUAUUUCAACGGCGCCUGAUGAGGAGGUGGAUCUUUUAUGGCGCUUUGUCAUUAUGUGUUUGUGGGUGUUUUGCACUUGUAUGCGUGGGUACGAAACAAUUCUCCGUGGAUGCUCACCGAUUGCCUUGGAAACGGUGAUUUUGCUUUUGCGCGUCGUUCUGGUAGAUGAUGAAGCCAUGACUAAGCGGGAGGAACUCGUGGCGUGGCCAAGCGGAAACGGGUAUUCGCAUCGCGUUCAUAGCACGCUGGGCGCGAACGUACGCAAUGGUGCGCUACAGCAGAAACAAAAAGAGCGUGUAGGAUCUCGAACAGCGUUUGCAUUGGAACUGUUUAUGUGGUUUACCUUAAUUAUCUUUACGAUUGACCUUACAAACAUUAAUAGAGCUUCUGUGGCGCUCUUUCUGGCGAAUACGCUUUACUGGACGCGGCUUGGGCCAAAAUCUGUGGUGUUUUUCACGGGAAUUUACGUACUUGUAACGUAUUUUUUGUGUCCCGCAUAUUCGGUACGAGAUACUUUUUUGACACUUUCGGGUCAAGGUUCAUGGGUGUAUAGGGUGUACUCAAGUUUUGGUUUGGCCUUCUCAAUAACUCUUUUUUUGACAGAAACGCAAUGCCUUCACCGCGUUCGUCGGGCUGGGGUUUGGAAGGUGCUUAUGAUAACUCGGAUCCUUGAUAAAAGUGUUGCGAACACACCCCUUGGUGGAUUAUCAUCCUUGAUGCGAAGUUUGGCAGACUACUUUUUUUUUGUGGGAUUUAAUUUUUCCAUGGCGUUAUGCAUGUGGUUUUCCAGUAUGAUGUUUGAGUGGACUUCUGAAACGUCGUUUACAAGCAUUAUUUUUGCAUUCUAUACCUUCUCUGCGAUUCUUGGAGAGGGAUGGGGGGAUGAUUUUCAACGCGUGCUCCGUGAAGCAGUCGUUUGCUUCGCCAUGUAUCUGGUCGUUGCCGCCCUUGUAGUUUUCUGUAUACCCACAGAUUCACUAUCCUUUGCGGCAAAUGGAGUGUCUUCGGCAUUUUUUGUUCUUUACAUGGCAGCUCAUUCCCCCCGGCGUGUUCACUCGUCACUGCCCUUGGUAAUGGUCUGGCUAGGGAUGCUGGCUGCCAACGUGUACUGGCACGUCAAUCGCAGUGGGGUGAAUACGCUGCAUAUGACAUGGUACAAGGAGUUGCUGUGUGUCAACACCAUUACCUGCGCUGGACUCUUUAUGCUAUCUACCGCUCUCUACGUGUACCGAUGGGAGUGGCCCGUAGACCCCUCUGCGGCAGCACUCAGCGUGACGGCAAAUGGCGUGUCGAAAGUGACAUUUUCUACACGGGCAGAGCAUAAAUCGAAGGAAAAAAAUCAUAACACCAACUCGUCAGUUUCCAUUACCCUGGAGAAGGCAGCAGCCACAACGCUGGCAACGACACCAUCUCCAGGGAAGAGAGCUUAUGGUGGCGGUGACAAGGCGACAUCCUUUGUGUGGUCACCCUCUUCAUCGAUCUCGACAUCACACACUGCAGAAAAUACCACGUCGGAGUCCCUCACCGGGACGGGAAUGAAUGCCGUAGAGGCUGACAGGGGUGGUGAAGUGUGUGAAGAGGGCAUGACAGCGUCUUUAGUCGGCCCUGUGGAGAAUCUUUUGACGUCUAUCUCUGACGAGAACGCUGUUGCGGCAAGCCCGUCGUGUGAAAGUACACAUGAUCCUCAAACGAAUUUCGAUAAUUCCGAGCAAGAAGAAGCGGAGGAAGAGGACGAGGACGAUGAUAAAGAAGAAGUCUCGGCAGAAGAAGCAGUAGACACAGAGAUGACACGGGAUGAAGACGAUGGCAAGUAUUUACCUCGAUUUACUGCGUCGGAGGAGGUUAGACCCACGACGCCUCCUGUAAGGAAGGAAGCGGAGAAGAAGGUGUUGAUGUCAAUCAACGCAUUUGACCAACAACCAUCAUCCGUGUCUUUUACGUCACAGGCUAAGAGACGAAGUGACAAGGAAAAUGAUCUUUCUUCUUUUGCUGUUUCGGAUUCCUAUUCCAAGAGUGAGACCUUGCUGCACUUCACAGCGCUACCAUUGCCUCUGCAAACCAGCAAUAGCUCCAUCUGUGAGGAGCGACAGGGCGGUGGUGCCGAGAAGGGUAAGGAAAUGUCACAACGUGUUUCUCCAACGACAAAUGAAGGCAAGAAAGGAAACAAAAGCAAUGAUCGUGUCACAGCAGUAGCAGCAGAGAAGAGUUCAUUGCCUGGGAAUGAAUCUCCUUCCUUGAAUGUGGUAGAGAAAGUGGUGCCAGUGCCGCUUGAGCCUCCAGCGGCACGUAAUAAGGCGUCAGCCACAACUUCGGCCGUGCGUCGCGCAGCACCAGAUAAGGUGACAAGUACUCGAAAGGAAAAUAAUACAAAAACAACACUUCACAAGGAGACUUCGGUCGUUUAUCAUCAACGGCCUUCCUCGCGGACGCCUUCCUCUAAGGUGCUGUGCCCUGAAGUCACUGGUUGUAAAGGACAAACGGUCAGUAAAGUUUCAUCACGUGGGGAUGCGGCAGCUGCUGAAUUUAAAAUCCAGAAUUCACUACCUCCACAUGACAAAAAGAUGGAGGAUAGGCGGCGUGCAUCAGAACCAUCGGCAGCGACAAGGAUUGUGUCGAGCUUCACGUCAGCAGCUCGCGUAGGAUCGGUACCAUAUAAUGGUCAUGUGCCAGAAGUGAAUACAGUUUCAGGUGAAGGGGGGGGUGUUGCCAUUCCACAACCACGAUCCGCGCAAACCUGUUUGAAAACAUCUUCUACGAGUUCACUUACAGUUGAAGCUGUCAAGAUGCUUAUAGAAGAGGAUCAAACAUGGGGUAUGCAAAGAUCAUCAGCAUGGAGUGAAAAGGAAAGAAGUGUUUCGUCUUUAAACAAUAAGCGCCGUUCCUGUAUCUCAUCACAAGCGGAUGAUGAUGCUUCUUUGGAUUUGGGAAAGUUGCAUCUUGCGCCUCUCCCCGAUAGUGAAACGGAAGAAAAAUCCUUGCAACGGCGUGUAUCUACACCGACAUUUGGGGCGCCACGUUCUAUUCCACAGGCUACACUUCAUUCUUUGGAGAAUUUUGCCAAGGCCUAUAUUCCACGUGUGUCGGCUUCUGGCACCACUGAUGUGGAGCAGCAUGCAGAAGACGCUAAAAAGAAAGGCGCAAAGAAUUCUUUGAAUAAGAAUUGUUAUGCACCUGCUGCGCCGAACCAUGCCUUACUUCUUGAUACACUUGCGUCUGCACCUGUAGGCCGUUCAGAGUCAACUUUUGCGGAAUCUAGCACUACUGUGUCGCAGCUAGUUACGCCUCAAAUGUUUUCAAUGAACGGUGUGGGGGGUACUAGACGUGGUGCAGUUCUCUACCAACAAGCGGCCUCCACUAUUCAACCACACAUUACGGCAACUCCACGCAUGGAGUCGCGUGCAAUGGUCAUGCCCCAAAAUCCGAUACAACAGCAGGUUCCUGUGGUGCUGGUGGCGAUGGGUGAUGGUCGAGUAACUUACUGCCCCAUUAUUCCUUCUUCGUAUCCCGCUGCACCGCAGAUUGUAAUGCAGUCACCGCAUAUGGAGUCGACAGCAAUGCCGCAACAUCUGCAACGAGGCGUGGUGUAUCAGCAGGUUUCACUUUCUCAUCCUCAACAGACGUAUCCAGGGGUAUGGCAGCAAGUGAACCAGCAGUUACAUGCACCAAAGUAA